AUGAUCCCAUUUUCAAAGAGUUGUGAAACUCUCGAAUUAUCAGUUAUUUUCGGUUGCUCUUUACAGGAACAAACAUUUCACACAGCCCCACAGUCGUGGUUCGCUCUUCCAGCAGAUGCAAGGAUUCGCUUGACGUUCGCGUAUGCAGUGAUUUUUCCCAUUGCUCUGUUGGGUAACACCCUUGGUUUGUUCGUAGUGUUAAAGACGUCUUCCCAAUCUCAUAGAGUCACAAACCUCUUCAUUGCUAACAUGGCCGUUGCAGAUCUCUUGUUAACUGUAACAGAAAUGCCUUUCCAAGUGGCUUCUCUCUACCGUUUGAAUGACUGGAUUGGAGGAAUGCUGGGCAACAUAACAUACAAGGCUUUCUUCUACGUUACGCCGGUCUCAAUAGCGGCGACUGUACUGACAAUGAUGCUCAUCACAAUCGAUAGAUUUUACGCAGUAUUCUAUCUUUUAAAAGAAAAGAUCUUUCGAAAGCCGAAAAUCUUGUCAGGCACCAUUUGGAUCCUGUCUUUUGUUUUAAUGCUGCCAUAUCCUAUGUUGUUUCAAGUCCAGUUCAAUUCAUCUCAAAACGUCUACGAAUGUCUACAAGUUUGGCCAUGGGAAGAUCCAAACGAUCCAACCUUUAAGGAAACUCGUCACGUCCUCAAGAUAUUUCACAGCAUUGUUUUUGUCGUGCUUUACGCGCUUCCUCUUUCUAUAAUUAUCGUCAUUUAUUUCUUAAUUUGCCGUAAAAUGUGUCGUCGUAGAAUUCCCGGAAAUGCAACAGAUAGUAAUCGCGCUGCAGCUGACAAGUCGAAACGCAAAGUUGUGAGACUGCUGGUCCUCAUUGUCGUCGUAUUUGCGUUGUGUUGGUUCCCGAGUUAUGUCAAUCACUACCUUUGGUUCGUACGAUCUGAUCUAUAUGUAAAGGGCAUGUUACCCCUUGAAGUGGAAUACUUCUUCAUCUGGUUCGGGCAUGCCAAUAGCGCAAUAAACUCUUGCAUUUAUAACCUGAUGAGUGACAAAUUUCUCAGAGAGUUGGCUUCUACGCUUGCCGGCUGGUGCCCAUGUCUACGUCGUUUCAACUGCCCGCCAAAUUGCCAAAACACCUGACCUAACCUGACUUGUCCAAGAAGAACAAAUCAAGUGGCUUCAGGAGUUUUCAAUUUAGAGUCGUUUAUCAAGCAACAGGAUUUAAGUUCAUAAAGAGUAUAAUAUACUAUAAGAUGUAAAGGGAAGGAGGGUUUACUAUCGAGUAUGCAGGGCAAAAGUUUUAUUCACAGGGAAGAAGCCUUAUGAAAUUUUACAAUAGCAUAUUAUAAUAGCUUUAGCAGCUGAGGGAAACAAAAUUACCGGCAAGAAAAACGAAACAUUUUGUAACACUGAUUUGUUUCACAGUAAAUGGUUUGAGCCCAGGAGUAUCAGUAGUUCGUAUAGUGUGAUC